AUGAUGUUGAAGAGACACACGGCCGUGUUGGCCGUUUUUUUGAUGCACCUUACUGGAUUAUCAAGAGCCACAAUCCCCUCAGGUGGAAAGACAUUUCCCGGAAUGGAAAAUCUACCGAGGUCGUUCUGGCACGAGCUGAGCUCCCCUUUCACCGAGGUCUAUGAAGAAGAAAGCUCGGUCACGGAAACUGGAGCGACCCCCGAGCCACGGCCAUUCUUCGAAGAUCCAGACAACAACGUGACUGUGCAGCUCGGCGCUCAGGUCUUCCUUCACUGCCGUGUGCAGCAUCUCAACUCGAGAACAGUGUCUUGGGUAAGAAGACGUGGCGAGGAGUUACACCUACUAACUUUCGGCCAGCAGACGUACUCUAGUGACUCUCGAUUCUCUCUCGACUCGGAGAUGCCAAAUAAUUGGCGGUUACGGCUUAGCUCGGCAACCGAACGAGACACUGGCACCUACGAGUGUCAAGUCAGUGCUCAUCCACCUCUCGUAAGGACUGUUCAUCUCACGGUUUCCGUGCCACGUGUGGAGAUAGUGGAUGAGCAUGGCGCAACCGCAGGCGACAAGUUUUACAAAGCCGGCAGUACGAUAGAGCUCAAGUGUGUGGUCAGCAAAGUACCACAUCCCACGGGCUACGUGACGUGGAUGCACGGCUCUCGAACUCUCAACUACGACACGAUUCGAGGCGGCAUAAGCGUAAAAACUGACAUGGGCGCCGAGGGGGCGGUCUCGCGCCUUUACAUCGCCAACGCCAACAAAAAGGACAGCGGCAACUAUAGUUGCGCUCUCGCCGACGUCGCUGCCACCACUGUAUCCGUCCACGUUCUAAACGGUGAAAACCCAGCAGCAAUGCAACACGGAGCGAGUCAGGGUUUAAGGUCAACCUUCCUUCUCACAGCUCUUUUGACCCUCACAUCAGUUCUGAGGUGACCACGAGGCCUGAAUGAACCGCAUCUGACGUUAAUUCAUUGAGAGAAGUCGAUUUUUGGUUUCUCUCCUAUUACUUUUAGGAAAAGGUAGAGACAGAGAAAAAGAUAAAUCGCGAGGGUACGUUUGAUGAUUUCGUCAUACAAUUUUAAACGGAUAAAGAUGUUUUUGUAAGCGAUACGUUAACAAAUAAGAAUACACUCACACACUCAUACAUUUUGAAUCUUAACGUAGACUAUAAGAAUAUAAAUAUUCUUGUAAAUAUAAAAAAAAUACCUGAUGUAACGCAUAAACUGACAUGACGCGCCAAGUCUUGUAAAUGUAUAUAAUGCGCGGUAUACAUAUAUAUAGUGAGAGAGUGAAUUGCGUCGUUGGAAAAUAUUUCUCUUACUCUUGGAUUUUUUUC